AUGUCGUUGAGAGAUGAAGCCAUCGGGCUUUGUAUUCGCUUAUCGGCAGCAGCUGUUAUUACCUAUUUCUCCGUCAAAUACAUGGUCAGGCUUCUGGAUCCGAAUCACGAUGUGAAGAAGGAGGCCCAAAAGAAGGUAAUUUGAUUAGUUUAACAUUAUUGAUUCAUUUAGGAGUGAUAAAAGGUGUGUUAAAUUGGUUAUUAUUUGUUUUUGUAAUGAAUAUUAUGAGUUUUGCCGUUCUUUUUGCAAAUCAAGUUAUAUUAACCUUUUUUAGGUACAAGAGCUUCUAGAACGUCUCAACAUUGACUUUCCUGUAGAAUUAAAUGAAUAUGAGUUGAGAAUUGCUACACAACUAGUGACUCCAGAUGAAGGAGCCUCAUGGAUGGAGAUUGGAGGUCACGAAGAGAUUAUCAGAGAAAUCAGAAAGCGAGUGAUCACUCCAUUAAAGGCUAAAGCCAGUGGGAGGUUACCUAAUUCCACCUUGUUCAACCCUGCCAAAGGCAUCUUGUUGUAUGGACCUCCAGGCUGUGGAAAGACAUUAAUAGCCAAGGCCGUGGCUAGCGAUGUCGAGGCCAGAUUCUUGCAUCUAGAUCUCUCUGGUCUGACUGACAAGUGGUACGGAGAGUCUCAGAAGUUGGCGGCAGCCGUCUUUUCCUUGGCCAAAAAGCUUCAGCCAUGCAUUAUAUUUAUCGACGAAAUUGGUAAGGCUUUUUUGAAAAUUUAACUCAAAACAAGUGCUAUUUGAAAUAAUAUUGACCUUAUUCGAUCUUUAUGUUAACACUUUUACAGAUUCAUUCCUACGUAGCCGUCAAAUGUCAGACAACGAAGCCACAGCAAUGAUGAAGGCUCAGUUCAUGAGUUUGUGGGAUGGUUUCUCGUCUGGCGAUGACAUUGUUAUAGUUAUGGGCGCUACAAAUCGACCGUUUGACUUGGAUGAUGCCAUUCUCAGACGAAUGCCCACACGAUUCCCCGUGGCACUGCCUGUAGGUUCAUCUUUAUAAAUGAAUUAAACGAGCUAUAUAUUUAAUAAUACAUUAUAACACCUAAAUUAAAAUGUUUAGUCAGAAAAGGCACGAGCAGCGAUUCUAAGGGCGAUUUUGAGGAACGAAGUGACAGCCGGUGACAUAAAAUACGAGGAAAUUGCUAAAUAUACCCCAAAAUUGUCAGGAGCCGAGUUAAAAGAAGUUUGUCGAUUGGCAGCGUUGUCCAGGCUAAAUAAGAGUGGAGGAAGGUAAGAAUAUAUUUUUUACAUUUGUUCUGCUUUUAGGUAUGACUAUUUUGUUACCUAAACUUUAAAGAAAACAAAAUUUUAGGUAUUCUGUUACCUAAAAUUUAAAAAACUAACAUUUUAGGUUUCAACUGUAAACAAAUAUCGUUUUAGGUAUGACGAAGACCUUUCGUUAACCCACGAGGACAUGAUGGAGUCCGUGGCCAAGUUCUGUAGCACGUCCACGAAAGAUUGGGGCUCUUCUUCGCUUCGUGCUGACGACUUCUACACAGAAGAAGUGGAAUAA